AUGAAUAAGAAUUGGAAUGAUAGGGCCGACAAGGACCUCUUCUUCACCAUCUUGUCUGUGAAGAACAUUGGCGUCAUCUCCGGCUCGGAAUGGACAACCAUCGGCAACCACAUGCGUACCUUGGGCUACGGCUUCACCAAUGAAGGAUGUCGCCAACAUUUCCAAGGACUCCGCCGCGCUCAACACAAGGCCGAGUCCAACGGAGGAAGCUCGGACAACCCAAGGAAAGUUGAUCCAACGAUGAACCCCAUCACUCGGCGUCCCGGUCCGGGUCGUGGCAGACCCAAGAAGCAACCUCAACCACCUGCACCGAUGCCCAUUCCCCCACUGCCGGGCCAGGUUGUUCAGCCUGGCCAAGUGCCUCAGCCUGGCCAACCUCAACCGGAUCAAGUUACGCAGGCCGACCAACCGCUGCCACCUCUUACUGCGCUCUCUGAUGGCCUCCAAUCUCUGCCUGAGUCGAUAGAUCUGCCCCUCAAAGACGACAGCCUGGACAUGUCUCUCAAGGAUGACGACGACAAUGAAGAGACCGAGGAACACGAUGCCAAGCGUAUUAAGCUCGACGACCCACCCCAGGACCAAACUCUCGAUGAUGAAGCCGUAUUAGCUCUCGCCGCUCACAGCAACAAUUCUUCUGUGGAUGCCUACGCCUCCGAGUAUCCUACGGCUGGUUUAACCGGGUCAGACCCACACCCCUACAGCUUCCCCGGCGAAACAUAG